UGCAAUAUCUUGAAAUAGUCGUCGGAUUUCCCUUGGCGGAAAAGUAGAAUUGCCUGGUGUAAGGGCGUGUCAGCGGAUGAGCCAAACCGUACCCGUAAGAGCGCCGGCUCGUAAUCGAUGAGAAUUCGAACUGUCUCGAAAUCGGCGUUGCGUAUUGCAUACACCAAAGGCGUUUUGUCGUCGGUGUCCUUUUUACUGACAAAAUCAUAGCGGUCUUGCUUAUUGGGGUUCUGCUGUUCAACGAUGAGCAAGACCUGUCGAACCAGCUCGGGACACCACGAGUCGGCAACACGGUGUAAGACAUUCUUGCCAUCCAAGCUGUCGCGGUCGCCCUUUUUCACAAUGCUUGUAUUUUCGCGCAAGAUGUCCUGGCUGAUUCGUAGAUAUAUGUCCUCUUCCUCUUUACGACUGGGUUUGAACGCUUCUUCCGCUUCUUCCGCUUCUUCCUCUUUUCGGCUUGUUUUUGAAAUUUCUUCUCCUUUGCGCGUAGCCUUGAAUGCCUCUUCUUCUUCACGAUUGGCCUUGAAGGCUUUGUAUUUGGCCAGGAGAGCCGAAUCGAAGCACUCAGAGGCCCAAUCCUUCUCCUGGAGCUCCGAGAGCAAAACGUGCCUAAUUAGCUCGUUAUCCGGGUCUUUAAGUAACCGUAUAUAGUCUUCUGGCCCCUGACGUGGUUCCUAGUGGUGUUGAUGUCAAUAAG